AUGACAGAGACCAAUGCUAUUGUACAGGGAUGCACAAUGAGCGAGGAAAUGCUAGAAGAGGCCGUGGUUACCGCAGUCGAGGCAAUGGAGAAAUUCCAGCAAAAUCGGGAUGUGGCCACCUACAUCAAACGGGAAUUUGAUAAAAAGUACAACGAAACAUGGCACUGUAUCGUUGGUCGAGAUUAUGGCAGGCUGCAAGUGUUCAGCACCGAACCGUAUGUCACCAUGGCUAACGAGUUCACUCCUUCAGUGGAUGCUUUACUCAGGGGUGUAAAGAAUAAACAUCACAUUUGUCAGUGA